CUACAGAAGAAGAAAGAAGGGGGAGGUAGAGAGAAAUUGCAGCAAAGAAAGAAAGUUAAUCGGCGUUGUUUCAUUUUCAGAUUUUUUUUUCCUAUUUAAACAAAAAAGACACGCUCGUUUUCCUCCCAGAAGGUUUGGAUAAGUGCUCCGACGCGUCUGCGACUCUUUCGCACAUUUCUUUUUGUCCCUCUUGUUUGAGGUUUUCCACUAUUUUUUUAUUUUUUGGAGUUCAUUUUCUCUCCAGCAGGAUUGGAAAUAGUGGGAAAGCGCCGAGGAAGCGGGUCAGUGUUCAGGUACACGUUAUUUGUUGGUUUACAGCGUAUAUAAGGCUACUGUGUUACUGCUGAAAACGAAGCCUUUUCUCUUAAAAAGGAAAAAAACAAAGCAAAAAAGCUGAGGAGAAAACGACAUUUUUUUCCUGCCUUCCCCGUGUUUGGAGUCAGUUAGCUGAGACGGAGCGGGUUGAAAACUUUUUGACCAGAGAAGUAGCUUGUGAGCUGACUUAAAGCUGCAUCAAGAAAAACAAAUCCGACCCGAGAGCAGCCUGAGUGUGACCCGCUACAUUCAUCGCGCUUCAGUCAACAACUACACACGAAAUAACUUCGUUAGUUUUAAAGACUAGUGUGCUUUUAAAAGCUCGGACGUCUGGCCUUGGGACGCACGUAAAACGUGUCGUUUUAUUAUAUGUGAGCAGAGGCAUCAUUAACCCGCUACCAAAUGGAUGUGCAUGCUUCCCUUCUCUCAGGCAGAAGCAUGAGAUUCGCGACGUGGAAACUUUCAGGCCACAUCAAACAUCUCUUCAAGUCUCAUUAAUCCGAGAUGUAGCCCACAUGCCAGAACGUGUUUUUUCCCCUUUAACUUAUCUUUAUUUUAUCUGAGAUAUUUAUUGUUAGUUGAACAUACAAGACAGGUCUUGAACUGUUAAUUUUAUUAUUAUUUUUAUUAUUAUUAUUAUUAUUAUUAUUAUUAUUAUCAUAAUCCUUUUUUUAUUGUCAUUUCACCUGCUGUAGAUCUAGAAAGACUUGAACAUUGUUCGCUUUGUGUUUACACUGUAUUUAUGAUCCUGUAUUUAAGCUGUAGUCUUUCAGGUGUCAUUUCGGAAGUGUUUGAUUAAGAUUGAUUGAUUGAUUGAUUAACACUUAUUCAGGCUAUUUAUUAGAUAUUUGGAGAGAUCAUGGAGAAAAUCGGCAGCAAACUGAAGCAAAAGUUUAAACUGGCCGAUUCGGGCAGCGUCAAGUUUAGCAAAAAGAAAACAGACCUCUCAAACACAAAUAACAACAGUAAUAGUGUAAAUAGUACAGCGCAGGUCGUGACACACUUGAACCCAGUGGCGAGCCCGUCACCUGCAAGUACGUCUCAGUUCAGCCUCACCUGCUCACCCUCCAUUGAGACGUGUUCAGGUGCCAGAUCGGCAAAGGUGGUCAACUCUCAGAGGGUGUCGUCCUGUGUUGCCUCCGCCACCUCACCAACUGUACCGGAAGAAUCUGGGCCUUCGCUCGAACACCACCCAGUGACGCUUGCACCUUUGCGGCGACGCUCGCCUCAGCAGCGUGCGUCUUGCUACCUGCCGGACACCGUGGAAGGCCGAGGUUCCUGUGAUCAGUCCAGGCGUACAGAUUUGCUUCAAGGUGAACAUGCCGACCCACAAGGUGCUUACAGCCCGAAUACACGAGCCGCCCUGAACCAGCGCCGGUAUUCCCUGGAGCUUCAGCAGCUUGUGAGACGGCAGCAACUCCUUGCCCAGCCUCCACUGUCUUCCAUGCCACCUCCGUACCCGACACCUGGCCCAGUCAGCCGCUCAGGCUCUGCCGAACCAAGCUUUCUGCCUGAACCAGAACGCCACAAGCGCUUCUCCCUGCAGGAGGCGCUGUUCUACAAGCGCUGGAGCUCUGGUGGGGAGCCGUGGGACAGCGGCAGGCCGGCGUCGCUUUCGCACCCUCCAACAAGGAGCCAUGAAGGUGCUGGGGCUACCUGCCUCUUUCCUUCCGGACCAGCAUUGAGCCCCUGCUCUUCCUUUAGCCUGCAGGAGUCAGUGUUAGCCAGCCCACGCUCAAGCUUCGCCAGCAGCACAGCUAGUGGAGGUGGAGGUGGUGGUGGUGGAGGAGGAGGGGGCGGCGGCGGCACAAGCGGAAGUCCUAUCGGAAGUCCGUGCAGCAGUAACCGCACCAGCGGCAUUAGCUUGGGCUACGACAGUCGCCACGUGUCUGGCCCUGCCCAGCCGCUGCACUUCUCCUCCACACAGCUAGGUGGUGCCACCACUGGGCAUGUGUACACAACAUCUGGCCCUGGGAAAGCAGGAGCACCCCCGAUAGAGGUGUGGAGGGACUAUCUAGAACGAACAUCAGGGAUCGGAGGAGGUUUUCAAGAUGGCCGUCAUUCGUACCCGCCAGCGGGCAGUUCCCCAGCAGCAACAGAGUGGUGGAGUGGCGCAGAGCAACGGGGGCCGAGGACUGAGAGCACAGGGGAGCGGAUGAGGCACUCAGACCUGCCAGGUACCCACUACCAACAGGAGCUGACACGCCUCCUACUGAGGGACAUGACACUGGAGGGAGAGGAGCAGCUGGGAGGACUAACCUUGAGGGAGCAGCCUCUGUCCACCUCUGCACCUCCUGCAGCCAGUGUAUCUGUGGCUGCGAAACCUCAGGAGGAACAAGUGUCUCUGAGGGAACCACCGUCAGCCUUGGACAGACAAGAAUUUUUUGGAACGUGUGUGAAGUGUGGAAGAGGUGUGUAUGGUGCAGAUAAUGCUUGCCAGGCUCUGGACAGUCUCUAUCACACUCGCUGCUUUACCUGUGUGUCCUGCGGUCGCACACUUCGAAACAAGGAUUUCUACAAUGUCGGUGGAUCAGUGUAUUGUAAGGAGGAUUACAUGUUUUCUGGCUUCCAGGCAGCAGCAGAAAAAUGCUGUGUGUGUGGCCACCUGAUCCUGGAGCAGAUUCUGCAGGCCUUGGGGAACUCGUAUCACCCGGGUUGUUUCCGCUGCACGGUCUGCUCGAAGACUCUGGACGGCGUGCCUUUCACAGUGGACUACCUCAAUAACGUCUACUGCGUUGCAGACUACAACAGGACAUUCGCUCCUAAGUGCGCUGCCUGUUUACAACCGAUUUUACCUGCUGAGGGCAGUGAGGAGAUUCUCAGGGUGGUAUCCAUGAACAAAGACUAUCACUUUGAGUGCUAUCACUGUGAGGAGUGUGGGAAGCAGCUCUCUGAUAAACCAGGCUCGCAGUGCUUCCCCCUGGACUCCCACCUCCUCUGCCACUCCUGUCACAUGAGCAGGGUGUGCGCCUCUCACAGCCUUCCCUCACACAACACACACUGAAUGGGGGAGAGACCGGUGUUCCGUUGGACCAACCUACACUGCUUUGUGAUUACAUAUGCAUAUUUGUGACCCAAGAUUAUUUGUCACUGUGUUUUUAAAGUAUUUGCUCUUUCCUUGUGUUUUUUUCCCCCACCACCACCUGCACACACAUGCUGCAGAUUGCAACACUGAAAAGAGGUGGUGUGAUGCUAUUGACUGAUUUCUCAAAUUUGAGGUCCUACAUUUCAAGUGUGGAACUAGACGGAGGCAUGUGUCCCUCUAGUGGCCAGUAAGAUCAUGAUUCACAGAAUCCUGCUGAUUUUUAAACUUUGGGUGCAAGGUUGGAGCAACCUUACUAAGUUAUUAGGGAGAAUGAAACAUCAUGUUGAGCUACUGUUUAUAUUCUCAUAUCUGCUGUAGAAAAAAAAUUACAAGGGAUUAUUCUUAACUUUUUUUAAAAAAUAUUUAAUAUCACUAGCAAAGAUUUUGCACUUAAAUGAACAUGUUUACCUUAAGAGAUUUUUUUUUAAAGAAAUGUUUCUGCAAAAGAGUAAAAACAUUCCUGUAUCUGUCUUUAUUAAUAAACUUCUUUCUAUCU